CAAACAGCUGCUUUGCCAUGAGCAUUGGGGUAACAACAGAUUCACACAAAAAACCAAGAAUGAAGUUUCAGUCAUUUAUUAUAGGCUUAGUCUUAAGGUUGGAUUGUCAGGCUUAUUGAGGCAGUACCUUUUAGCUCAGCACCAUCAUUGUAUAGCUCUGCUUUCAGGGUGAAUGGAGUGCUGGAAUAGCCAGCUGAUCCAAAAUCUGAUGAAGCACAUGCACUAGGGCAGACAGCAUAUGCUUCUGCAGUGUCCUCCUCCACAAGUUCAUUGUUCACAUAAAACUUCACAAACCAAGUUGCUGCCCCACCUGUUUUUGCCACAUAAAUGUUGUAAUCAUAUCCCAAUGAGGAGACAGUGAUAGUUUCACCACCUGACAAUGAUUGCUUCACAUCGCUGUUGCUCGCAUCAACAAGAAAGAAGCCUACUAGCUGACCCGAUAUCACCGUAGCUGCGGUUGGAGUUGCUGAUGGCAUGCUUGAGGGGCUAACGCUUGGGCUUCCUGAUGGCACUGAUGAAGGGCUUUUUGAAGGCUGCUGUGAAGGUUGUCCAGAUGGCAUGACUGAUGGUAAUGAAGACAGGGUAAUGCUAGGGCUUUCUGAUGGCGUUUGUGAAGGGCUGCUCGAAGGCUGCUGUGAAGGCUGACCAGAUGGCAGGACUGAUGGCGAUGAAGAUGGAGCAAGGCUUGGGACUGAUGAUGGAGCUGCAGAAGGAAUCAUGGAAGGUCUACCCGAGGGAACCCUAGAUGGUGGAAUAGAUGGCACUGUUGAUGGUUCAAUGCUUAGGCUUGAGCUUGGGGGUGCUGAAGGGUUGCUGGAUGGCACCCCAGAUAAAGUGGGAGAAUUUGAAGGAAAUUCUGAAGCCGGUGGAACCUUGGAAGGCAUUGAAGAGAUAGUAGGAUAUGAGGAAGGAAGAGGUGAAGGUUGGGCUGAAAGAGAAGGAAAGGCGGAGGGCAGUGCUGAUGAAUCACUUGCACCUGUCGUUGUUGGGGAAGAUGAAGGCAUUGAAGAAAUUGUUGGGGAAAUAGAAGGCAUUGAAGAUCUAGUUGGAUGUGAAGAACUGGUUGGAUUUGAUGAUAUUGUUGGACUUGAAGAAACAGUUGGAGACGAUGAAGUACUUGGUGGAUUGGAAGGCCGUGAGGAAAUCGUUGGGCGUGAAGAAAUAGUUGGAUUUGUAGAAACAGUUGGAAUUGAAGAAAUGGUUGGAGCUGAUGAAGUAGAUGGACGAGCAGAGGGCUGACCAGACAAUUCAGAAGAAGCAGUAGAUGGAGAGUUGGAAGGAAUGCCAGACAUGAUGGUUGGAGACAUGGAACUAGAAGGAACCUGUGAUGGCUGGUCUGUUGGGUCAUUUCCUGAUGGGGGACCGGAAGGCACGGAAGAACUGGUUGGAUUUGAAGAGCUUGAUGGAUGCGCUGAAGGUUGAUCUGAGGGAUCGCUUCCGGUGGUAUUGGAUGGUGUAUCAGAUGGCAUGGAAGAGGUGCUUGGAGAUGUUGAGCUCGAGGGUUGACCUGAAGGUUGCACACUUGCACUUGUAACGGCAGAUGGUGCACUUGAUGGGAUUGUAGAGCUUGUUGGUGGGUUGGACUCAGCAGGCAGCAAUGAUGGCUCCGAUGAAGCAGGCAGUGAAGGGACAAGUGAUGGCAUGGCAGAUGCAGUUGGAAUAGCUGACUUACUAGGGGCUAAGGAGGGAACAUCUGAUGGUGUGGCAGUUGGAGUGUUCUUAAUCAAACUGAAAGUUACCUCCAGAAAUACUCCAAGUGCCAGAUUUCGUCUCACGCUGCCUGAAGAAGGAACGGCCUUGACUGUUAUAUUGAUGGUUGGAACUGUUAACUCUGGAACUGCAAGGUAGUUUCCCUCAAAUGCAUUCUCUCCAUUCAUCAAAUAUGUUGGCCAGGGAUCGUUGUUGUAGAAUGUCCUAUUCAAGUAGAAGUCAACACUCUGAACAUCCAAUUCAGAUGAUGGUACAGCUCUGAUAGUAAGUGAUGAUCCCACAGGGAGUCUGAUCACAUCGCCAUCUGCAAUGCUUUGAAUAUCAGAGCUGUUGCUGUCAACAUCUACAAGAAUCAAGUCAAUAAUUGAGAAGCUGCCUGCUGUGGGGGUUCCUGUUGUUGGGGUGGCAGAGGUAGGAGUUGAUGUGGACGAACUAAUCGUUGGUGGGUUGGUCAUUGCAGGAGCUUGUCCUGGAGUAGGUUCAAUUGAUGGUCUGCGACUAGGCUGCCUACUGGGCACAGAAGAAGGGCUAUUUGUGGGGGGUCUGCUUGUGGGAUUCUGCGUAGAUGGUCUGUUUGUGGGGCUUGGUGUUGGUUGCUUACUUGUGGGAUUGUUUGUUGGUCUGCCGGUCGGUCGCCUUGAGGUUGGUGCGGGCACUGGAUUGGGAGUGGGCCUGCGGGUAGGAGGCCUGCUGGUUGGAGCAGGCACUGGGUUGGGAGUGGGUCUGCGAGUUGGAGGCCUGCU